AUGGAGCUCAAAGAACUCAAAAAUCCAUUAUUAGGCUCCCAGACUGGGAAUACUUCAAAUCGGCUUUUUGCUUCAAUUGUGAAGCAUGGCUCAUUAAAGCAGGACGAAUUACUAUCUGAGCCUUUAGAAGAGCUAAAAAGUGCAAUGUUAGAUGUUGCUAAUAGUUUUAACAAACAUUUGCCAGCUCAUUAUAAUGUCAAAUAUACAUUAUCAGGGUUCACGCUUCUCCCACUUGAAACAAAUAUUAUUGCUUGUUCUUCAGGUGGAAAUAUUAUUGACUUCGACUUAAAGACAAAAGCCUUAAAAGAAGUUAAAAUCUGCAGUGAAUUGCAUGAUAUUGCCCUAAUAGAUGAGUCGACUGCUGUUGCUUGUGGAGAAAACUCACUUUUUAUAAUUCACCUGCCUGAGCUGAGAGUAUUAAAAGCAGAAACUAUUGAUCUUGGCAGAGAAGUUUGACAAAUUAAAAUUUCAUAUGACAAAAGAUUUAUUUUUGCUAAUUUAUCAACAAAGAUAGUAAAAGUAAAAACUCAUGAGCUGAGGAUUGCUGAAAACUUUGCAGUUGGGGAUUUCAUAGAUUUUGAUGUUGCUAGAGACAAUACGAUUUUUGCAAUUUCAAAAGGAAAAAUGAUAAGCUUCUCAAAAGAUUCUGAAAUCAUUACAGAGAAAAAGAAUCCAAAAGGAGGGCAAAUUAUAAAAUUAUCGCCUUUAGAAACGAUAAUUUCUGUAGUAUUUGAUUAUUCUGUGCAAAUUUUUGAAAAAAUUUCUUUUAAAGCUUUAAGAGAACUAAAUUACAGCAAUGUCUCAGCAAUUAAUUUUACACCGAAAGAAGAUAUUUUCGUGAUGUCAAAAGACGGAAAAUUGAUAUUUUGAGAUAUGGUGCAAGAUAAAAAAUUGUCAGAAAUCCGAGCUCAUGAUAGCGAAAUUACUUGCUUAAUAUUGAGUAAAAAUGGAAAAACUGUAUAUUCAUCAUCAAGCGAUUUAAAGCUCUCAGUGCUCAAAGUUCCUGAAUUUUCUCAAGAAAGAUCAAUUGUAUGUCAAAAGUUUUGUUUUUCCUCUUCAAAUAGUCUAUAUUGUUUUAUUGAAAGUACCUUAUAUUUAUGAAAUUUUGGAAGUGAUGAAAAAGUAACAAUAUUUAAGUGUCCUAAAAAAGUGACUCAUUUAAUCGCAAUCGAUGACCAGAACUUUAUUUAUCUUGAUAAUCAAGCUAUUCAUAUUAUGAAUCUAUUUUCUGUCAAUAACAGCAUGCCAAUUGAUUUAGGAAGCAAUCACCCAGAAGUAUCAAGCAUUGACUAUUUUAAUGACAAAAGUAUUCUGGCGACUGGAGAUAUAUAUGGAAAAAUUAAUUUAUGAGACGUAAAACGAUAUGAAUUAUUCAAAAAGUUAGAGGGGCAUGCAUAUUCAGUGAAAAUCGUCAAAUUUAUGAAAAAUUCUGGAUUUUUGAUGUCAGGAUCAACUGAUGGCGAAAUAAGAAUAUGGGAUACAUAUAGAAGUUUCCUAUGUUUGGCGCUGUAAGGCCGAUAAAUUCUGAUCGGAAUUUAUCGGUAGGUUGCACCAAAUCAAUGCCUUGGUCGGACCAAAAAGCGAUUUGGUCCGACGAACUUGGAAAGCUCCUGGGAAAAUGUCUGCGCUUUUAGCGCUAUAUAGAGGAAACCUCUAUAUACAGGCAGUCUACUUUCAAUUAUUUUUGAUGCUCAUAAGAAUGGUAUUGAAAGAACAUUCAGCUUUAACAAUGAUGAUAAAAUACUCUCUGCCUGUGCUGAAGAAAUUAAAAUAUGGGACUGAAGAAGAGCAAAACUAAUUCAUAAAUUUGGCUCUGAGCUGGGUAUAAUAAACGACGUAUCAUUAUUAUCAGAUGAAAAAACAUUAAUUUCAAUACAUGGGAUGCAUAAGGUGUUUUAUUGGGACAUGAAAACUUUUACCAGGAUUUAUAGCUAUGAGACUUCUUAUGCUUGCAUAGGAAUGGGUGUCUCUCAAAAUGAGGAGUAUUUUAUAUAUUUUGAGUCUGCUAAUGAAGAGAGCUGCAAAUUAUAUAUUAAUAAAAACCCUUUUAAAACUAUUCUACCUAUGGCAGUAGGUACGGGAGACAAUUUUUCUUAUAUGCAGUAUAUCUCAGACAUAAUUAUGAAUCAGUGCAAAAAGCACGAUGCAACUAAAGAAAAUUGGCUGAUUUUCCCAUAUCGUUUUAACCUGCUUCAUUUUUAUGCAUAUUUUAAUGAUUCACGAAGCUUAAAAAAAUGUUUAACUAAUGGCACGCCAAUUAUAAAUACAACUUUUGGCCUAAAUCCUUUAUCAAUAUCUAUAUUAAAAGGACUAAUUGAUUGUGAAGCCUUUAUAUUAAAAAAAAUGGUGGCACGUGCCAACCUGUCCUUUCGGCACAACAGACCAGGCCUUAUGACUAUGGGGACUGCUUCCCUGUGGCCUGGGCCGAAAUUCCCAGUUUCUCGGUAGAGAAAUGCUAUGGGUUCUUGGAUCCAAAGGAUGUUCAGAACCUCCAUUUUCAACCACAGGAAGGCAACCAAAAUCUACCGGGAUGCAUAUCUGCUGAGGCUGCACUCGAUUCUCAGCUCAGAGUCCAUCUCAGUUCUUUUUCCUGUGCUGCCAAGAAAGCCACUUGAUACACGACAGACUCCAAAGAGCUGAUCCUUUGAAUCAAAUUACUCCUAUAGCCCGUAGUAAGGCAUCAGAAAUCCAUAAGCACUCAAGACUGAAGCCUCAAAACAGAAAGUACGAAGUGGCACUUGCUUUUGGAGAUAGACCCUCUGGGUUGGGGUCGAAAAUGGACGAACCUUCCAUACGGAAGGUCUUUGGUUACUGCGUUACUAAUAUGGCUAAUGCUUGCCUUUAAUAGCAUAGCCUAGCCUAAUUGAUUGUGAAGCUGCAAUAGUAGGAAAGUUUAAAAGCCUAGUUUCUGAAAACCCUUAUUCUCUUUCAUUCCUCAACUCAGAUAUUUUAACUAAAAUGAAUCUAGCAGGCAACUCAAGUUUAAAUAAAUUUUACAAUGCUAUUUUUAUCAUCCAUCAUCCUCUCUCAAUUAAAUUUUGCAGUAGCAAUACAAAAUUUCCACUAUACCGCCACUCUAAAAAAUUCAGAGUUAAAGAAAGCAAAUUUUUCAAUCAUCCUAAAAAAAUGAAGGAAGAAAUCCCAGUAACUUAUAAGCAAUGCGUUAUUCCUAUAAAUCUUACGUUAGGCUCUAAAGAAAGUAUUGAUUUUUUGAACAGUCUGCGACAUUCUCCAAAUGAAAAUGUGUUUAAAAAUUACUUUAUAAAGCAGUUGCUAAAAUAUAAGUGGGAUAGAUUAAGAUGGGUAAUGUAUUCCAAAGCAUUGUUUUAUGCAUUUUAUCUAUUUAUUUUAUCAGUUUACAUUGUUUUCUUUUUAGAAAAACAAGGAUUUUUAGUGUUUUUGCUGCUUAUUAGUAUUAUACUGUCUUGCUAUGAGUUUUAUAAAUUAAUUGUGGCCCGUCGAAACUACUUUAAAGACAUAUGAAAUUCUAUUGAGUGCAUAAGAACUUUUUUCAGCUUGAUUUAUGCAAUAAUUCAGUUUUCAGGCUCUUCACAAGAUGUUUGCUAUGGAUUUUUAGUAUGGCUUAUAAUUUUUUCAUGGAUUAGAGGGAUUUCAUACUUCAGGGUAUCAAAAAGGCUCCGUUAUAUGAGUAACUUAUUAUAUGAAGUAUUCAAAGAUGUGGCUUGGUUUCUAGUUUUAUUAUUUUACUCUACUCUGUCUUUCAGCUUUAUUUUCUAUGUUUUAGAUACCAAAAGUUUAGGCUAUGCUGAAAACUUAGCUAUGGCUUAUAGAAUUAAUAUAGGAGAUUACGAUGUAGAUGGUAUGAAUGAAAUCCAGUGAAUAUUUUUCUUUAUAGCAAGCCUAAUUAAUGCUAUAAUUAUGCUGAAUUUACUUAUUUCAAUUAUGUGGGACACUUUUGAGCGCGUUCAAGAGUUUUCUGAAAUAGCAGACCAAAAAGAAGUCGCAGAAAUCAUUGUUGAGCUAGAAACGCUUAUAAUUUGGAAGAGAAAUAGCAGCACCAAAAGAUACUUUCAGAUGUGCAUAAGAGAAAAGCUGAAAUAUUCAAAGGCUGAGAUGGGUCAAAAGUUUAAAGAGAUGAAGCAAGCAGUCUUUAAAAACCAGGCUAUAAAUAAGCAAAAUGCUAAAGCAAUUGCAGAGUUGAGCAAUCAAAAUUGUAGGAUAAUUGAAAUUCUCCAAGAGCUACAAAAUGAGCCUGAUGACAAAAACAGAAAAAUAGAUUUGGAGAAAGAGCUGGAAGAAAAUUCAGAAAUUAUGUAUAGGAAAUAUUUAUACAUAAAAUGAUGGACAGACCAUCCAACCUCUUAGCCCUUUUCUUAGCACCAGCAGACAACGGCCCUGUAUGAAGGGGAAGUCUUUUUCGGAGCUAGGGAACUGAUCCCUGGGACUUUAAUUUUUUGCAUCAGAGACCAUUAUUAGAAAGGGCAGGACCAGCAAAAGCCCCGAGUGGUGAUGAUAAAAAUUCCUAGAGCAGGGCUCAAGAGGUGGCAUCUGCCUAACGAGAAACAGGGAGUUUCGACCCAGGUGAUGGGCCAUAGGUUGCAAGAAGUCCUUUCUCGAGGUUGCGAGGAGUGAAUCUAUCAGGGUACCUCGGGAACGAUCGGCAUCCAGGGGUGCAAAUACCCGGUCUUAUCGAGACGAUGAGCUUACCUUAAUUAAUUAUGUCAAGGAAAUCUAAAGAAAGAUUUAGUAGAGGAGAUCUAGAGUCAAUCAUACUAUCCUCUGAUAGUGAAGACGCUUAA